AUGGAUACCAACACCAAACUGAUCUUCAGCACUGUUUUUACCAGCUUUUUCACCUUUCAGCUUCUUUUCUACUUUAUAAGUUCCUGGUUUUCAGCAAAAGUUUCUCCAGGUUUUAAUAGUCUCAGCUUUGAAAAGAAGAUUGAAUGGAACUCAAGGAAAAUUGAACCUGGAAUAAAUUACAGCAUCAAAGAAAAUGUGAAAAUAUCAAAAAUUACACAAGGACAGCUUUCUUCCUAUGUGAUAUCUCACUUAUGUUUCCUUCUUUCAGAUUUGUUGAUUCUCAUUUUGUAUUGGAAAGUGAUUGGUGACAAAUAUUUUAUAAUCCAUCAUUGUACAGCGCUGUAUGCAUACUCCAUUGUACUGAAGGAUGGAGUACUGGCAUACAUUGGGAAUUUUCGCCUGCUUGCAGAACUUUCCAGCCCCUUUGUGAAUCAGCGGUGGUUCUUUGAAGCUCUGAAGUAUCCUAAGUUUUCCAAGGCUAACGUCAUCAAUGGAAUUCUCAUGACAGUGGUGUUCUUCAUCGUGCGGAUUGUCUCGAUGCCUCCUUUUUAUAGCUACAUUUAUUCUGUGUUAGGAACAGAAGCCUACAUAAGGCUUGGAUUUUUAACCCAAUGCUCCUGGAUCUCUACUUGUAUUGUUUUGGAUGUGAUGAAUGUCAUGUGGAUGAUCAAAAUUACAAAAGGUUGCGUCAAAGUCAUCUCUCUCAUCAGACAAGAGAAAGCCAAAAGUAGUCUUCAGAAUGGAAAACUUGACUAA